AUGAAGUUACAGAGGUGUAUUUCUUUGCUUUUUGCAAGCUUUUUUCUUCUUUUUAUUACAAAUGAAGGUUGGGUAUUUGCCUCUAGUAAGAACGAAGACGAAGAAAUAAGAUUAUUAGAUGGAGAGGAUGCAGAUGUAGCAGACUUUGAUAUGGAUGAAGACUUUGGCUCUUCUCCUCCAACAGGAAAAGAAGAAAAAGAAGGAAAUAAAGUAAAUAAAAGAGAAGAAAAUGAUGAUGAAGAAGAACAAGAAGAGCAAUUAUUAGUAUUAGAUGAGGAAGAAUUAGAAGAAAAUAAUAAAUCAAUAGAAGAAGAAGGAAAUAAAGAAGAAAAUGAUGAAUUAGAUCUAUUAGAUGACGAAGAAGACUUAAAAGAAAAUGAACAAAAUAUGAAUUUUGUAGAGGAGAAGAAAUCUACAAUUAUUAAUAAUGAUGAGGAUACAGCAGAGAAUUCAGCAGACAGUACGAGCAGCAGCAACAGCAACAGCAACAACAAUAGCAACAACAACAACAACAGUAGUAAUACUACUAUGUAUAAUGGACAAGAAGUACAUACAGUUGACGAAGAAGGAGUACAAUUAGAUUUAUCAUCAUUAAAUAAACAAGAAGAAGAAAAUAUACAACAAAUAACAGAAUUUAUAGAGAAUGUACCUGUAUUUAAGAAAGAAAAAGAAGAAAAAAAGAAAAAAAAAGAGGAAUUAAAAAAGCAAAAAGAAAUGAAUAAUCCUAUUGAUAUAUAUAAUAAAGAAAUAGAUGAAUAUAAUAAAAAUAAAGAAAAAAAUACACAAAGAUUUAAUGCAGAUAUAGAUAAUGCAGAAAAAGAUAUACAGCCUCCUAUUGAUCCAGGACUAUGGCAAAGAAUUCGUCAUUGGUAUGAUAAAAAGAUGAAUAAAUUAGUAGAAAGGUUCGGCUCAGAUAUAAGUGACUAA